AUGGAAGUCACGGAGUUAAUUGAGGAACAGCUUACCGCUCGUCCAUUCCAAUGCGGUUGGCAAUCAUGCACAAAGAGCUUCAACCGUAAGAGUGAUCUGCAAAGACAUUAUCGAAUCCAUACGAAUGAGCGACCUUACGCAUGCUCGAUUUCAGAAUGCGGAAAGAGCUUCAUCCAGCGAAGUGCCUUGACCAUUCAUAUUCGAACACAUACGGGAGAGAAGCCGCACCAAUGCCAACAAAUUGACUGCGGAAAGCGUUUCUCUGAUUCUUCAAGUCUCGCCCGUCAUCGACGUGUCCAUACGGGCAGGUGUCCCUACAAGUGUGCCCGUGAUGGUUGCUCUAAAAGCUUCCGUAGAAAAGCUACGAUGGUUGAGCACCAACGCACAUCGCACCAGCAAGGAAUGAGCCCCAACAACAUCCUACAAGAUUGCUCCUCAGACUCAGAAGACGACGAGCCUCCUUCGACCCCCCAGCACUCCGCAAUGACCUGGUCGCCUUGUGAUAUUGUUUCUAUGGACCAAGCGAUUCCGCAUGGCCCGUUACAUCGCGCAACUUCAUAUGCCGACUUUAAUCAACAAGUCCACGACCAGCAUAUGCUACAGCAAUACGCCAAUCAACACGGCAUUCCUUCAAGUGUGUCUCAAGAGUUCCACGGCCAACCCAUACCUGACUAUUAUGUCGGUGCUUCAACGCCCCGUCGAACCACGACUAUGCCACGUCAAAUGUAUUGUGUUACCGAGCAGGACAAUCCGGAGGUUGUAACGAUGACUAAUGCUGCGCAACCUCAUUACCAGCUUCCUCAACAAGUGGAAAGACCUCUUAUGGAGUUGCCGUAUUCAACUUUAGCCACCGCAGCCUCGAUUCAAAGUAGCCCCAGGACCUUUUCCGCAACGUCGGUUUCUAGACCCAUGGUUCAGGAACGCUUUUACGCAUAUCUGCCCAGGAACCGACCGGAAUACGCGCAGGCGGACUCUCAACAGUCCAUCAUCCAAUAUCAGCAACCUAUGCAACAGCUUAUGAGCCAGUCCCAACAGGAAAACUGGUCAAAUUAUGACCUUCCAAUCGAAGCUACGGCUAUUGGGCAGUUGCCGGCAUACGGGACUGCGGUUUAUGAUCCUUAUGAACUGAAGAUCGAAGUUGGCGAUCCUUCGAUACAACUGCCAAGCAGCAGGCUCGCCAGUCUGUGA